GUAAAAUAUUAUUAUUGUCAAUUGGAAGAGACAAUUAUCCAAAAUACAAACCAAUAAAAAGGAUAAAUGAAACAUGAAUGAAUGAAUAAGUAAUGAAUCUCCUUCGAAUUUUUAUAAUAAUAUUUCAUUGAAAGAUUAAAAGAUUCAUACGCAUGAAUGUAAGGGCCCAAAGUAAGACGCCCCUAGUAUAGGUUGAAUAAUACGUUCCUGCACAACGGAGCCCGCGAGGGCUGGCGAGAAGAAGAGAGAUAUACUAAUGAUCAGAAUUGAUAGAAGAGUGACAGAGAUAGCGAGGGCGAGAGAGGAACGCGAGGGCCGAGGCACACCAUCGAGUAUCAACCAGCUGGUUGGCAAGGCAGCCGCGAGCAGUCGCCAGUGAGACGCGGUACCCCGCGAGGGCUUUCGUCGUUUGUUCGUUCGUCUAUACGUGUGUCUAUAUGUCCGUCAUCUCCCUUCCGCUUAAACCUAUCGUGGUCGUGCGUACGUUCAUUCGUUCGUCCGGUCCGUGUGUGGUGCGUCUCCCUUCGCUUGCUUUCAACGACACUUGCCACCGGUCGCGACUAUCGUCUCUGUGUCAAAGUACAUCUCUGUCUUACUCUAUCUCUCUCUCCUCGUUUCUCUUGGCGUGCCCGACUGAAAAGACAAGAUGGCUGCCGACUCAGGAAUGGAGACGUGUCCCUCCCCGGAGAUUGCAGACUCCAGGAAGCGGCCGCUGGAUUGUGACGCGGAAAAUGGCGCGACGAAGAGGUCUCAUUACGGAUCAGGUAUUUUAAUUGCGUGUUGUCAAUCAAUUUUCUUGACUGUCGCAUAAGUUUCCUUACAUACCUUUACCAAUGUUCCUAUACAUAUACGAACGAUAAUGUACACUCACAAUGAUUUUCUCUCUCCUCCUUCAUCUCUCUUUUUCUUUCUUUUUGCUCUCUUUUUCUUGCUUAGCGCUCUUUACUCUCUCACACGUCUUUGACAAUCUUGUCGCUGCUGUUGACACAGCGAUCGCUCGCUCGACCGUUCUCUUUCGUUUCCCACUUCGAACGUGUAUACGAAGGCAAGAACGUGAACACGGUGCACCGCACAGCGGUUCGCGCAUCCUCUCGUGCCACGUCUCCUUCUCUUUUCCGUCUCUCAUCUCUUUAUUUUCUUAAUUUGUUCACUAUCUUCUGUCUAAUGUCACAAACGCGACUUCAUACGUGUUAUCUAUAACAGUGUUUUUUCGUUGACGUUCAUUUUAUUAUUGUCAACGUCAGCAUUGUCACCAUCGUUUUCGUCUUCGUUGUCACCCCCCACCCUUCUAUCCUUCUUCAUCAUCGUAAUCAUCAACAUUGUCCUUAUUUUCCUGCUUGUCUUCAUCGUCGUUAUUACUGCUGUCAUCGUGGUCAUCAUCAUUGUUUCUACGUGGGCGACUGUGCCUGUGAACGUCGUUAAUGGAGAAUCGUUGCUGCGGUGGCUGUCGAUUAUGAUCCGUGACUCUGCAACUUCGUCUCUGUCGCGCCCGUUUCAUCAUUUCAACCACUAGCUUCGCAGCAAGAAGUGGCCUAUACUUCGUUCCAUUUGUACGCAUAUUGUGUACUUUUCUGCCGCAUUCUCGUAGUGCAGUGCCGCUGUUGUCGCAAAAGUGGCAUACUAAGGAACACGCUGCUACCCGUUGAGUGGCAGUUACUAGGAUGUGGCGUAUCGGUGAGUUGUCAGGCACACCGUUCCGCUGCCGAGGUUGCGGGUCAAGGUCGAUGCAAAGCGAGUGAGCGCACAGGGCUUCCAUCUGUCAAACAGCUGUUUGCCUUCAACGCAUCGAAACUUUGUCAUUCUACAUUAUACUUCCUUAUUCUUCGUUCACCGAUUACGCGACACUUUUUCGAGGCUCGUACUGCGUGUUCAUUGGUAUCGGUCUUUCUGCGCUCGCGUGUCCGUGAGGGGAGAUGGAACGUAUCAUCUCAAAGUAUUGGUCCCUGGAGUGGCUGCUGGAGCAAUCAUUGGAAAAGGAGGAGAUACAAUUGCCCAAUUACAAAAAGAUACAGGAGCUAGGGUCAAAAUGUCUAAAUCCCAUGAUUUUUAUCCAGGAACAACAGAGAGAGUAUGUUUAAUUACGGGCAGUUUAGAAGCUAUAAUGGCAGUUAUGGAUUUCAUUAUGGAUAAAAUUCGUGAAAAACCAGACCUUACAUUGAAAACAACAGUAGAUUUUGAAUCAGGAAAAACUACUGCAGAAAGGGAUAAACAGGUAAAAAUUUUAGUGCCUAAUAGCACUGCAGGAAUGAUAAUAGGUAAAGCAGGAAAUUAUAUUAAACAAAUAAAAGAAGAAUGUGGCUCAUAUGUUCAAAUAAGUCAGAAAGCAAAAGAUGUAUCUUUACAAGAAAGAUGUAUAACAGUAAUUGGAGAAAAAGAAAAUAAUCGUAAUGCAUUAAUGAUGAUAUUAGCAAAAGUGGCAGAUGAUCCACAUAGUGGUACAUGUCCAAAUGUUAGUUAUGCAGAUGUUAGUGGUCCUGUAGCUAAUUAUAAUCCUACAGGUAGUCCUUAUGCUCAAGCACCUACAAGUACUCCUACAUAUACCUCUACAGCUGGCAUUAAUACAGUGAGUCUCUUGAAUGGUGCUGGAUUAAGUUUGAACUUGAAUUUAGGAGCUGCUAUUACAGCGGGUACAGCACCAGUGACAACGCAAUUAUUAGAACAUAUAAAAUUAAAUUUACGAACGGCAGGUUUUUCUGAACCUGCUGCUAGUGAAAUUUUAUCUGCUAUUGCUACACUUGCUAAAUAUAAUCUUCUUGGAAUGGGAAUUGGAAUGCCUUCUAAUAUGAGUUAUCUUGGAAAUCCUAUGGACAGCACUACAACUGCAAAUGGUUCGAAUAAUAAUGGUGGUGUAUUUGGGCCAAUUGGAACAGUUCCUACUCUUGGAUCUACGUCUCCUACACCACGUAAUACACUUGACAGAUACGAGCCCUUUGAUCCAUUCAGACAAAACAACACAGCUGCCAGUGCUAUUCAUCUAAACAACAAUUCAUUUGGCCUUGGCACUAACCAGUUAUCACUUGUAAGUAAGAGUCCUACACAGGUAGACGCCAACAACAAGGAGACCAAGAAAGUAGACAUAGAAAUUGCAGAGGUUAUAGUGGGAGCUAUUCUGGGACCCGGUGGUCGUGCCCUCAUUGAGAUUCAGCACCUAAGUGGCGCCAACAUACAAAUCUCUAAGAAGGGCAUGUUCGCUCCUGGUACCAGGAACCGCAUAGUGACUAUCACGGGUUAUCCUAAUGCAAUUGGCACUGCUCAAUAUUUAAUUGAGCAAAGGAUCAGUGAAGAGGAAGCAAAACGAGCACGUCAAAAUGCCCUCGCCAAUAUGAUCCAUUGAUUUCAAGUACAGCACUUUUGUUCAUCCCCAUUAUUGAGCUCCGUUAUUCAUCUUUCUACAUCUUGAGAUGAUGUUUACGGUAGCUCUCUCUUCCCUUCUUUAAACUCUCGUCCACUAUCACCUACCACCCGUUGUCAUCUGUCGCUACAUCACUAUAGCGCUUGCAUUAUCACAUCACUAUUCAUACAUCCAUCAUGGUCAACAUUUAUCUAUCUUUUAAGAUUAUUAUAAUAUAUAAAUAUUAUAUGUUAUAUGAUAACUACUACAAUUGUUCUGUGAUACACCACGUUACGGGGCUUUAUCACAAAUAACACACGUACCACAUCAGAGUCACAUAAUAUAUCUAGUUGUAUGGUAUAAUAGGAUAUUGAAAGAAGCAUGAUAAAAUUAUAAUUAUAUUAGAAACGAAAUGGCACAAUUUGGCCAUAGUUGUUCUUGAAAAAUCGAGACAACAAUAUUAUAUGGGUAUAUUGUUUCGUUUCAUAAAGAUGAAUCUAUUUUUUUUUUUUAUAUAUAUAGGAGCAUAAUCUUACUAUUAAUGCGAAAAAUAUUUUUAGUUAGAAGAUCAUACAGAACUCACAAAUUGAAUGACUUCAAUUUGAAAGAUUAAUAUCCUAAUGUAUCGCGCAAGUCAAAUUCUAUUCAUUUCCACAAAAUAAUAUUGCAAUUAUUGUAUUGAACUGUUCCUUGAACUAUGAAAUGAUUAGGCUGUUUGAGCGAGUUUUUACUCAUAGUUAACAUGAUAUUGAGCGAAUUUUCUUAAGUACAGAGUAAUACCUUGGCAAAACCAAAGAUCUUACAUUUGUAAAGCAGAAAUAACUUGGCUGGAAGAUAAAUAUACAUACAAAGGGAGAGCUAUUCUAUAUAUAAACAUAUAUUUAUAUAUUUACAAUACUGGCUGGUCCAGUUAAAUGAUAAACAUAAUACUUUAUUGCCAAGUUUUAUUCUGAAUCCCAAAGUCUUUAUUUCUCAAAAUCUUCAUCCAAUUAUUACAUCGUGUAGUAUUUAGAUUAAUGUACUCAGAAAUAUAUAAACAUCGAGUCUCAUUCUUCUUUAUUCAUAUCUUAGGAACAAAGAAUUCAUUUUAUUAAGAUGUUAGGAUAAGAAUUACUCGAUUUAUCAUUGGAUCAAAACGAUCCUUUCGAGUAAUAUUUCAGUAUGGUUGCAAUGUGCUGCACAUUAAAAGUUUUGUCUAAUUAUUUUUAGUUUCAAGGUAUAUCAGUUGAAUACAAUUUUAUAUUUCAUGACACACUUCAAACUAAAAGAUGUGACAUGAAAAAUUUUUUUUGUCAUUCCUUUACAUUAUAGUAGCAUAAAUAUAAUUAUUUUUAUUACAUAGAGAUAUUUAUAUUUAUAUACAACCAUUUUCAAUAGUUUAAUUGUGGAAUAUUGUUUGAGAAAAAUAUUCUAUUUUCUUCUUUAGUGUUUUCAUUUCUUUUCUAUGUAAUGAUUAAAUAUUCUAAAAAUGAAAUAAAUUACGAUUUCUGCAUAUAUAUUCACUUUUAUAUAAAAAUUUAUAUAAAAGUUUAUUAAGGUCAGCAUAUGUCAUACAUCCUUGGGUUCUGUAUGAUAUUGCUUUAUGUGGAAUUCUAUUUAAGCCAACCAAAUCUUUGACAGAUUUUUAAUAACUGCACUUUGACGUUGAAUCAAAUUUUUAGAUAGGGAAUGGAUUUUAGCUAGAAACUUCGUUUAUGUUGAUAAUUAUCAAUAUCAUAAGCAACAGAAUAAAUAGCUUAUAUUUCAUUGCUAGAUAAAAAAGAGGAUACAGCAUCUAUUAAUAACAAACGUUUCAAAUCAUUGUUUUUCUUUUUGGGGGGGUAGGUAUUAGGAAAGGGUGAUAUAAGGGAUAGGCGGUAAUCAAUAAUGGGUUUAGUUAAAAUAUGUCUGAAAACGUUAGCUGUAGCGUCAAAUGAAAUAUAUAAGUGUACAUGAGUACAAUUCAUAGCUGGAGGCGCUGGCUCACCGCUCUUUAAAAAUAACUUGUAUAUUCAUAAAUAUCGCAUAACAUGAGUAAUAAUAUAUUACACACAGAGAGAAAAAGAGUAAAUAUAUAUAUUAUAUAUUAUAUUAUAUAUAUAAUAUAUAUAUGUAUAUAAAAAAGAUGCAUAUAUAUAUAUACAUGAAAAGUUUGAAUUAGAUUAUUAAUAAAAGAGAAUUCAUAUUAUCUAAAAUAUAAAUGACAUAUAUGUGUAUAUUUAUAUGUAUAUAUAUAUACACAUAUAUAUUCUAUAUAUAUAUAUAAAUAUAUAAAUAUAAUAUAUAAAAGAUAUAAUAUAAGUAAUGAAAUGAUAUUAUAAACAUUGUUGACAAAAUAUUUGCGUCCGCGUACGUAAAACAUAAUUUUAUGUUUAUUCAUAAAUUGUAUGUGAACUAUUAUUGAUUAAACUUCACUGUGUUGCCCAAAUACAUUGAAAAAGAAGUCACAGAUACGAUGAAGAUGCAAACUAUUAUUAUAUUGCUGUAGAUAGAUCUAUUCAAAGAAACUUUAAUAGAACAUGUUACGAACGUCACGUGUACCAUUAAUUUAAUUUAUAAAUCACUUUAUUUUAAUAGCAAUCGUGCUAUUAAUAUUAAUGGCAGCAUAAUAUUUCUUUAUUGCAUCCGCAUAUGCAGUACUUUUCUUCGUUAAUUAAUACGUAUCAUCACAUUAGAUCUAUCAUUGGCGAUUUAUCGAUUUUAUCCUAUCGUCACUUUCUCUCUAUUUCUAUUUUAUAAUUCACAUUUUUUGACUGCCGGUAGGCAGGUGUGUUCCAAUUGACUUAUAUAUGUGAGGAUUUUCAAAAAAAAAAAAAAUGGAUUUUAUAUCUCGUUCAUUUAUAAUACAUCGAUUCGUACAUUUGUCAUUUGUGAUGCUCAUUAAAUAUAUUUGUACUAAGAUACCUAAAUCUAAUAUUGCACUAAACUCGUACAAAUAGGGAAAUUAAAAAUGAAUUUACAUUUGAUUUCAUUAAAAAAAUUUUGAUAUAUUUUGUGCUUGUUACAAGUAAUUUAUUAUAGUGAAGUGAAGUAAAUUUUUAUCUCAUAAAAUAUUUCUCCUAUUAAUUUUUUUCUUUUUCUUUCUUUCUUUUUUUUUUUUUAAUUUUUCUCUCUUUUUUUAUGAGAAGACAAAUAUUUUUUAUCUUAUGUUCUUAAAAUUAUAACGUUUCUAAUGUUAUCGAUCAGGAAUAGCAAUCAAGAUUUUUUUAUUUUAUUUGCUGUGAUCAAAAUCAAAAAAUCAAAUUAUCUUUUUUCGAUUCAGAGUCUAAAUUCUAUUAAACUUGUAAUAUGCACAUUAAAGUAAAAAAAAAAAAAAUGAAAAUAAGAAAAAUGAGAAUAUUUAAAUAAAUUUUAUUCAUAAAUUUCUAUACAAAUAAACAACUUGUAGGUAGCAAAAAAUAAUUAGAUUAGGUUACAAUUUUUCUCAAUAAACACAUUCCUUAGUAGAACAGAUUAUGUAUAAGGCUAGCUGUGAUGGAGUUAUGAGUGAGAGAGAAAGAGAGAAAAGUAGGAUGAAAGAAGGAGAUAUAAAUAUUCAUCAGCUACCAGUACGUAAAAAUUGCCACAAUAUGUUAAUAGUGUGUAAAAUAUAAAAUUUAUUUGUGCAGGGAAAAUAACUCGGUGAUGUAAAGAUUCAUCAAGGCAAGGAAGAUGGAUGCGUUUUAUUCGCAAUGAUAAAUGACGAUGUCGAUGUUGAAAUGUGCAUUUCUAUCAGAAUCAAAUGUCAUAAUAUCAAUUUUCCAAUGUUAUCACUUGGAACAUUUGAAAAAAAAAGAAAAAAAACAACUCUCCUUGCAUCAGCGGUAAGAAAAUUAAGCGAUAAAUGUGUUAAAAGCUAAUAGAGAUAAAUCAAUCUAAUAUAAGUACUAUAUUUCCUUUAGUGAUUAAUAUGCAUCUAUACAAUAUUACUAUUUUAUAAAUAUUAAUGUUAUGGGGCUAUGUGUACUGGUUCGUAUGUGUUCAAUGGUUAGAGGAUGUAUAAUGCAAUAGGAUAAAAUUAAAUUAUUCGGAACAUUGAAUCGUGAUUACGAUUGAUGCAAAAAUUUCCAUAAAAAAACGUCCAACGAGAAAAAGGAUCGAUCGUAUAUACGUUUGUUCUGAUUGUUUCAAUGUUGACAGAUACCUUUAGAGAGUUUACUUGUUAUUAUUGUGUUAAAUUUUAUUGUCGCAUGUUGGACGAUUGUUGUCUGAAAGAAAAGAUAUGCAAAUACCUCCAUAUAAAGUGGCAAAACAGUAUUGGUUGGCCAGUCUGUGUUACCUACGAGUUGUUUAACAAGAAGAAGAAUCGUUAAACAAUUUAAUGCCGGCAGUCGCCACAUAUUUAGAAGAAUCUUAUUUCAUAUGACGCUUUGUUUUGUACAGUUCGAGAUAUUUCAUUCGAUCAUUCUUCUAAAAAGGGUAUAAACACGGCGCGUAAGAAUGGUCAUUGCGCGCCAUGGAUAGUUGUACACGAUUACUAAGUAUAGAUGUGUAGAUAGUGUCUUAAAUCUCUUGUAAAAGUCGUCAUUACAGGUUCAACGUUUUAAAUCAAUAAUCGAUCGAUUUAAAAAAAAAAAAAAAAAAAAAAAAAAAAAAGAAAAAAAUUACAGAAA